CCACCAUUGGCCCUAUUUCCAAUCCUCAAGUGAACACACCUCCCCCUACCCACCUUCUCACUUCUUACUACUGCACUACCUACUCCGUAGUCCUCCGUACAGCCUCCCCACGCCAGCCCCCAUUCCCCCCCCCAAAAUGCCCCUCAAACUCUCCCUCCGUCACCUCCCCGCUUCGUCCACCCCCCACACUCGGCAAUACUUCCUCCGCGCCCCGUCCAGAAUAAUUCCGUCUUAUCGUGCCUCCCACUCGGUACUUUCUUCUUCUCGCAUUACCUCCCCCAAGUCCAAUUUCAAUUCCACCUCCAGAUAUUAUACCACUUUGAACUCUUGCCCGCAGCUCCGCAAUUGCCACCACCAACCCCUCAACGUCCGCACCAUGUCGUCUAGCUCCGCCCCCGCGAAGAAGGAGUUCCUUUGCAUCUUGCCGGACUUCCCCGGUGCGCAGGCUAAGCGUCUCGAGGUUCGCCCCUCCCACCUUGAAGGUGUCAAGCCCCUCGUUGCGGCGGGCACCAUCGUUGCUGGUGGCGCAAUGCUCGAAUCUCACCCCGCCGAGGGCGAAACCCCCGCCUUCAAGGGAAGCAUGAUGCUCGCCAUCGCCGAGAACGAGGCCGAAGUGCGCGCCAUCCUGGAAAACGACAUCUACGCGCACUCCGGCGUGUGGGAUCUGGCCAAUGCCCAGAUCAUUCCGUUCAAGUCUGCUGUGCGCAAGGAGCUGUAACGUAUAGAAUAUGAAUUGGAGAUUUUGGUUGCAGUUCUCUUGCGUUGAUGCAUUUUUCACAUUUCAAGACUUUGAGGGCUGUAUGAGAUGAGGCAUCUGUGUGGGGAAGAGACGUGGGGUGCUUUGGUUAUCGGUUAGCGUCGGUAGAUCGAUGUAGAGUUAAGCACGAUAUGCAUGAUGUCCACUGAUAAAGAGGGGCUGAUGGUUUUGUAUUAGACUGUGAGCAGAUUGUAGGCGCUGAGCAUAUUCUUGGAGGUUGCAUAAGAUACUGCCGAGAUCAAUUGAACAUUUCAGUAACGAGAAG